UCCCUGGGAGACGCAUCCGCCAUGGGAAACAGGCUGUGCUGUGGGGGAAGCUGGAGCUGCCCAUCAACUUUCCAGAAGAAAAACAAAACAGGGAGCCAAGCAAGACCCACACUGAGCAUACUGAAGCAGCAACAGCUACAGCAGAAUGGCACAAAGGUCUGUGAGACAACAGCACCAAUGUAUGAGCAAGUGUUACACCGGCAGGGAUCUCAAAAGGAAAGUUCACACUCCACAUUGGAGGAGAGCAACUUGCAUUAUGCGGACAUUCAUGUGCUCAGCCAAAUGCAGCCGUACUCUGGCAAGAAGGUGAAACACCCGCAUUUAGAAACUGCCACAGAGUAUGCCACCCUCCGCUUCCCCCAGGCCACACCUCGAUAUGACAGCAACAAUGGAACCCUGGUGUGAGCCCUUGGAAGGAAGUCCUGGCUUCCAUGAUUUUUACAGUACUGUGGGGACAAUUUACUGUUUUCGACAGUAGGGACGUUGGCCAUAUUGUAAUCUUAAAGAACACCAGAACAUCUGGAAUUAUGGGUCCCCCUACUCUCUCCACUAUGAAUCUUUUGGUUUGCCACUGUUAUUGUGGAGCUGUUAUGAGUGGGCUGAGUUCCCAAUAAUAUUUAAGUGUUCAAAACAGUCAUCCUUUAACCCCUAACAUUACGUGGACUCUCAAACGCAGCAGGAACCCUUUAUGCACGUUGGCUGUUUCUGGUAGGAAUUAUUUAAUAACACUUGGGGUUUUUGUUUUGUCCUUUUAU